AUGGCAGACAGCCUCAGUCCCGUACCUCCAGGCGAACAGCCUGUCCUGGAACGUCGCCGGUCCAGGAACCCGCUGAGGAACAUGAUGCAACACCUCACGGUAGAGCCGCCGGACAACGAGGACGGAUCGCCGCGCCGAGGAUCCCUCAUUCGACGCCUCAGCUGGCGCAGAAGUCGGAGUCCUUCAGCACACUCCGACACAUCCACGCCAACCUCGGCAACCGUGCGUAACGUCGACCGGGCGUUGUGCACGUCCUGCUCGAGUCUGGCUGUUGACAUCGAGUCAACCUUGGACGAGGUCGAUGACUCCUUUACAAAGGUGCUCCAUCCCGGCGCGGCGGACGCCUUCGACAAAAGGGAGCAUGUCAUCUCCCGUCUCAGAGGGCUCCAGGACGACAAAUGGUCUACAACGUGCCCGCUGUGCAAGCUUUUCUGGUCGGUCCAUGUACCAGGAGACGGCGACGGAGAUUAUAGUUUGUCUGCGUUUUCCAGCCGGGACACCAAUUAUCUCAUUGACCCCGUCAAGUUGUUCGACAUGGACCACCAGGCCAGAGCAAAGGCAAGGGGCUGGGCCCCUGGCUAUCUGGCAGUCACACCGAAGAAGACUGGACCCGGUGCAAAAAGCUGGGAGCCCCAGCCGGAAUGGUUUCGAGAGAGGGGAGUGCUGUACAGGACGCUUCCGCAAGUGUCGCCGGAACCAUGCCCUGCGCGAGAGCGGGCGAGAUCCAGCGAGCGGAACACUCAAGAGCCACAGGCCCUGCUGACAGACUCGACCUGGCUCCAAAAGGGAAUCUGGGGAAGGGAAAUUGGUCGGUCAGCAGACAUGUCUGUUGCCCGCAACUGGUUGCAUUUUUGCGACAGUCAUCACCGAGGACGAUGUGGGCGCCGCCAGGUCGCACACGAGCUUGCCGGAUUCAAGCUCAUUGACUGUGCUCAGUCGCCGCCCCGGGUGGUUGAGCGGCUCUUGAGCGAAGACUACGUCGCCCUGAGUUAUGUCUCCGGGGGCAACACGACAGACUCGUGGCCAAAAGCAGUUCGGGACGCGGUCACGGUGACUCUGGACCUUGGAUUCCGCUAUUUGUGGGUUGAUUGUCUGUGCAUCGACUCAAGCAGAGUGCAGGAAAGAAUGCAUCAAAUCGGCCGCAUGGAUGAGAUAUUCGAAGGGGCUGCGGUAACCAUCAUCGCAGCUCAUGGCAAGGACGCCAUGCAAGGCCUGCCCGGCGUGGGCUCUACUACACGGCCGGAGCAGCCCAAGUACAAAUUUGCCGACGGCAACGUCGCACUCGUUUCUAGCAUGCGGGAUCCCCGGCUCGAAAUCAAAGAAUCCGUCUGGUAUACCCGGGGCUGGACUUACCAAGAAGGCCUUGUGGCGAGGCGGCGGCUCGUGUUCACGGGACAGCAGAUGUACUGGGAGUGCGAGGGCAUGUCGUGUCCUGAAACCCUGGUCUUGCCACUUGCCGCGUAUUAUGACAGAGAUCAGGAAAAGAUGUGCGACUUCGUACGACCAGGCCUCUUUAACGGGUUGUCUUAUAUUGAUGGCAGCUGGGAAGUAUGGAAGAAGCUGCCGCAAAGCAUGGAGAAGCCGAGUACCCUCAGCAUCUUCCGAACCUCGGACCAGCAUGUUGUUGAGUACACCAAGCGUCAGCUCACGUACGACGAGGACUCACUCAGCGCUUUCAUGGGAAUCACGAGGCGGCUGGAGAAGACUCUGGGAAAAGACAAGCUCGGGAGCAUUGUCGGGAUUCCCAUCUGGUGCCCGACGACGGACAGCACGGCUCGUUCUGGGCCACCUCGAACCAAGUUGCUGUUUGCCCUGACGACCAGUUUCUGGCAUCACAAGGGACAUGACCGGCCGCAGAGAAGACGCCACCUGCCCAGCUGGACAUGGGCGGGUUGGCGAGGAGCCGUGCAACUGUACUCGUCCAUUGUUGUGGUCGAGCAAGACGGCACUGGGAGGGAAAAGAAGCUCUUGAACCACCACUACGUGAGCGCCAAGCAGCUGACCAGAAACGACGCCUCAUCUGUGAAGUGGGCAUACUCGCCGGAGAUGCUGAUCCUGAGCCCCGACGGCCAAGUUGCCUACGACUUCUCUGUCGCGAGUGACAGACCUCCCACGUUCCCUCCGGGCCGCUAUCUUCUGCGGGUGACCAACCCGCUGGUUCUCGAUAAAGUCAAGGCGCGGGUGCACAAUGGCGGGUGGACAUUCAAUGACGUUUGCGUCGACGUACAACUCAGCCGCGGCCUGGGCACGGAACAGGACACGGUCGCACCGCUGCCAUCUGGGGGCCAUAAACCGAGUGCGAUCCGAGAAUACGUGGAGCAUCAUGCCUGCGGUGAGCAAAUGACGGUGCUGUGGUUUGUCGAAGAAGCCACGAUUCUGCUCUUGGUUGUCGAGAAGACCACGUCCGGAUCUUGGGAACGUGUAGGCAGAGCACGGAUGGGGUUCGGGCAGGACGCAAGGGACGUGAUGCGGCGGUUUGGCAGCUUGGAGGUCAUGCUCAAUCACCUUCCCCUGCGACGACUUGGAUCGGACAUAUUGAUUGAGUAG